AUGGGUCUGUGGUUACCUCUAAAGGUGCCUUCACGGUCGCAACGUGCUCUUGCGUUUUCUCCUUUCACUCCAAAGCGACCAUCUUCCUCGAAGAGAUGGCAAGCACGUCAACUUAAGGAUCAUUUUACAAGAGAGGCAACAGCCCAAGGGCUGAAAAGUCGAGCUGCGUUUAAACUUAUUCAGAUAGAUGCGAAAUAUCGCAUUUUCCGCAACGGGCAGACUGUUGUCGAUUUGGGAUAUGCACCUGGUUCGUGGUCCCAGGUACGUCAGCUAGCCAUAAAUCUUACUCUUCGGACUGGGCCAAACGGUCGCGUCCUUGGCGUUGAUAUCAUCCCUGCUCAGCCUCCAAAGGGCGUAUUUACGAUUCAAGGAAACUUUUUGGAUCCUAGUAUCCAGGCCUAUGUCCAAAAUUUCUUGCACAAUCCAACAAGGGACCAACAGCACCGCCCAGGCAUAAGCCCACAUGUCAGCCUGAGCCAUGAGACAUCCGAGGAUACGAAAAACCCCAUUCACAAUUGCAAAGAGAUGGAAGAGCUUUGCCUGACUGGCAAAAGAACCGUGGACGUGGUUCUAAGCGAUAUUCUAAGUGAUCUGUGUAAUAGGAUGAUGAAUACUAGUGGCAUGAGUUUCAGAGAUCAUGCGGGAAGCAUGGACCUUUGCCGAGCUGCACUACAGUUUAGUUUUGAGGUCUUGAAGGCAGGUGGCCACUUUGUUUGCAAGUUUUACCAGGGAGCCGAGGACAAAGAUUUGGAAAAGCAGCUCAAGCGGCUGUUCCAGAAAGUACAUAGACUCAAACCAGAGUCUUCACGUAAUGAAUCUAAGGAAGCGUACUUUAUUGGUCUCGCGCGCAAACAACAUGCGACGAGGCAUGACGUGCUCAAAUCUCCUUGA